AUGGCUAUUGAUCACAUGGUUCUCAAGGUCCCUGCCGACAAGUACCAGGAGACGCUCAAGUUUUACACCGAGGUGCUCAAGUCGCUCGACUACGAGCUCCGUCACUCUGUCGGCGACGUUGUUGCCGGACUCGGUCUCAAGUCUGGCCCCACUGGCGCCGCCGACCUGUGGCUCGCUUCCAGUGACGCUCCCAUUGAGAUGCACGUUGCCUUCCGCGCCGAGAACCGUGGUGUCGUCGAUGCCUUCCACGCCGCCGCGCUUGCCGCCGGUGGCAAGGACAACGGUGCUCCCGGCGUUCGCACCCAGUACCACCCCGACUACUACGCCGCGUACAUUACGGACCCCGUCGGCAACAACAUUGAGGCUGUCCACCACCACGCUCCUUAG